AUGUCGAAUCCCCCUCCACCGAGUGGGGACAACGCGCCCUCACUCGAUACAGUAGUCCAUACUCUCAGUCCUUUCGAUCAGGCCGCACCUCGUUUCAAAUGCCUCCUGAGAUCGUUCGUUUUCCGCCUCUCCAAGCUCCCCAGCGACGAAGAGUUCGCCACUAUAAAGUGCAACAUACUCGAAAGGCUCGAAGCCGACAAGCCCGGUUCCAACCAAUCUCGGCGGUCGUCUUCACCGGUCCUUUUGACGUCUGAGGACUACGCCGACGAUUUUUGCAGAAUCAAGCACCGAGAUUCAUAUUCUGGCCUGACGGCAGCAUUCAUCCAGGAUAGCGGUUUUCCGCCGUUGCCCUCGCGUGACGCAAACAACAACUACUUUUUUCCGGAAGGCAAACAGCCUGCCAUGACCCUUCAGGCCGACUUUCUUACUGGCCAGGACACUUGUUAUCUCAUUCUUUCUUUUGCCGUCCUUGGUACCCUGGCCGACAAUGCGUCUCUGGACUUGAUCUACAAGGCCUUCGGCGUAGGUCUACCCCCAGGUGACCGGCCCUUCUCUUGCGUAGAACUCAAUCCCCUCAACCACCGGUUGGAACUCAGCCUGUACCGGCCCGCAAGACCCUCGACCGUCAAUCGCAUUCCCGAGUGGAAGGGCAGAAGGAUGCAACGUAUUAGACCAGAAAAUCUCUCGGCAAGUCCUGUGAAUGUCAUCUUCGCCAUAUCAUCCGGUUCCGUGGACGAUCUGGUCUAUCUGGUCAACGAAUACCUCAAAGGAAAAUCCAAGCUUAAAAUGGAUCACGAUAUCUGUGUGGCCGCCUGGUGCUGGGUUGCCAUUACGGAAGCCAGGGUAUGGCGACUCGACCCCAGGGCCGAGACAUGCUUUGGCAUUUCCGUCAACUGCCGGUCAAAGCUGAGGCCACCCUUGCCGGUAACCUUCUUUGGUAACAUGACGCUUAAAGCAUUCGCCAGGACCACCGUUGGGACACCACUUCCGCCCUGCUGUGACCCAGCCCGAUUCCACCGAACCAAGUCGCCGGUCGAAAUCAUCGCUGCAGCUGCGCUCUUGCUCCGCGAGGCCAUCGAUUCGCUCAACCACGAGUACAUUUGUCGGCGACUCUGGGCUCUUUCUGGAGCUACAGUCAGUGCCAUCAGAAAUGUGAGUCGUUCUUCCAACCGAAAGACGCGCAGCAACAACGAGGGCGUCCAGUUCACCCCCCUUUCCGACUUUGCUGCCGAAAUGGACUUUGGCAUACCUCUCACCGCAGGCGGUGGCCUCCCUAUACACUGUCGUCAACCAGCGGGCCUCCAGGAAGGAGUCGUCUACCUACUCCCCCGCAACGCAAGUGAUGGGAGCAAUGCGUCGUAG